CACUCAGGUCCCCUGAACAAGUAGCAAGUACUCUGAACUGGACUGUCAAUGGCAGGAUACCAGCUCUGGUCACCAUGGACCCCACUGGAUGAGAGCUUCCAAUGGCUGCGGCACACAACACCUACUCCUUGCUCCAAACACCCUUUUAGGGCCUCUCCUUGCUUCCCACACACCCCUUCUGACCUUGAGGUACAGUUGUGCUUUCAAGAAGUCACUCUUGUCCUAGACAGCCCACUUGUGGCACCUGGAGAGAGCCCCAGGUUACCCCGUCACACCUCAGAGCUCCGAGCAGUGACUAACAAGAAAGGACUUGUGAGGAAGCCCCAGCCAGUCCGUCUCAAGGGAGUAGAUUCUGUUUUCGGUAGGGUCAUCACAGCCCAGCCACCCAAGUGGACUGGAACCUUCAGAGUUUCAGACAAGUCAGCCUUCUGCAAAAUUAUCAGCAGGGAACACCAGUGGCCCACUGGACUCAAGGAGCCUCAGAUCCAGAUGACAGUGACUAUGUGCAAACAGAUGCUCCGCUCAAUCCUCCUGCUCUACUCGACGUACAAGAAGUGCACCUUUGCCCUGCAGCACUCCAAGUAGAGGGUCUCCAUCUGACCCAUGCCCCAUA